AUGGAAGAAUGGUCAGCGGCUGAGGCGAAUCUUUUCGAAGAGGCAAUUGAGAAGUACGGAAAGGAUUUUACGGAUAUUCGAGCAGAUUUUUUGCCGUGGAAAUCACUCCGAGACAUUGUUGAGUAUUAUUAUAUGUGGAAAACAACCAAUCGUUACGUGGAAAUUAAGAAGAGUAAAGCGGCUGAACAAGAGAGCAAACUUAAACAGGUUAGCAGCGCUCAUUUUCAAUCGUAUCCUUUUAUUUUGUUUUAUUUAUUAUUCACUUCUAAACCAUUCCUUUUGUUUUUGACUGAAAAAUUUUUCCGCCAAUGCUGUAUUGAUUUGUAA